AUGGGUAUAUUGGAAAAGAUUGCACAGAUCCAAGAGGAGCUUUCUAGAACUCAAAAGAAUAAAGCGACAGAGUACCACAUUGGGUUGCUUAAAGGAAAGCUUGCGCGAUAUCGACGAGAACUUCUUGAGCCACAACCAGGGCAAGGAUCUGGUGGAGGUGGUCAGGGUUUUGAAGUUGCAAAAGCCGGUGAUGCAAGAGUCUCGUUGAUUGGGUUCCCAUCCGUUGGUAAAUCAUCAUUUUUAUCCAAGGUUACAAACACCAAGUCGGAGGCUGCCAAUUAUGAGUUUACAACUUUGACCUCAGUGGGAGGUAUAUUGGAGUAUAAUGGUGCCGAGGUCCAAAUUGUUGAUUUACCCGGUAUUAUCAAGGCUGCAGCGCAAGGUAAAGGUCGUGGGCGUCAAGUUAUAGCCGUUUCAAGAACAUCAGACUUGAUCUUGAUGGUUUUGGAUGCAACAAAGAGUGAAGACCAGCGACAAAUUUUGGAGAAUGAAUUGGAGUCAAUGGGAAUCCGGUUAAACAAGACCAGACCUGAUGUCACCAUUACUUUGAAGAAGACUGGUGGUGUCAAGAUGAACUCCAUAACGCCGCCCAAACAUCUUAAUGAAAGACUCGUUACUGCAAUUCUUAAGGACUAUAAGAUUCUUAACGCACAUGUACUCAUUAGGGAUGAAAAUGUGACUGUUGAUGAUUUUAUCGAUGUCAUUAAUGAACAACACAUCUCAUAUAUCAAGUGCUUAUAUGUAUAUAACAAGAUCGAUGCCGUAAGUUUGGAAGAAUGUGAUAGGCUAGCGAGAGAACCAAACACCGUGGUGAUUUCUUGUGAGCUAGACUUGGGUAUCGAGGAUUUGAAGGAAGAAAUUUGGAGACAGUUGGAUUUGUUGAGGUUAUACACCAAGAGAAGAGGUAUACUGCCCGAUUUGAAUGACCCAAUGGUUGUGCGGAAUAAGAGUACCGUAUUGGAAGUCUGUGAUGCCAUCCACAGAGACAUGAAGAACCAAUUCAAAUACGCUAUGGUUUGGGGUUCCAGUGCCAAGCACUCUCCACAAAAAUGUGGUUUGAAUCAUGCUGUUCAUGAUGAGGAUGUAGUGCAAAUAUUUACCAAGUAA